UAAGACGGACCGUUUAGUGCCUGGGAGCUGGCGUUUUUCUUAAAAAAAAUGUUUUUAAAAUUAUUCUUCACUUUAUCAAUAUUAUUUAUUGGGAGUAUAAGUUCUGAUACAGACGAGGCUGUCGUAGAAACAGUGGACAUUCAAGAAGAAAAUGAAAUUCCUAACUCGUUUAAAGCUGAAACUCGAAAUGGCAAACUUCUAUUUUCUUAUCCACACAGUCCGAUUGUUGAUAUGGUUGUACAAUCCCAGUCAGCACAUUAUGCGUCAAAAAAUGGUGAUUUCUUCGAAUUUUUGAGGGAUCCCUAUCCCUUGCCUGAUGGUUUAAAACAACCUUUACAAGAAUACGACUUCGUCAUAAUCGGAGCAGGAUCGGCAGGCAGUGCUCUAGCAUCGCGACUCUCCGAAGAUCGUAACACCACAGUGUUGCUGCUUGAAGCGGGCAGAACGGAAAUGCUGCUGACUGAUAUACCAGCCUUGGCUCCCUACUUCCAGUCUACAGAUUAUACUUGGCAAUAUUAUAUGGAACCACAACCUGGAGUUUGUACAGGUAUGCAGAACCAACGUUGCUUUUGGCCGCGUGGUAAAGCUGUAGGCGGUACAAGCGUCAUCAAUUACAUGAUCUACACCAGAGGAAGACCACAAGAUUGGGACAGAAUUGCUGCUGACGGCAACUACGGAUGGUCUUAUAAUGAAGUUCUGAAAUAUUACAUGAAGUCCGAAAAGGCAAAUUUGAAAGGAUUCGAGAAGACCUAUCACAGAAGCCGCGAUGGAGUGAUGCCGGUUGAAUUCGUUCCCAAAAAGACGAAGUUAGUUGGUGCAUUCUUAGAAGCUGGCCGAAUACUUGGACACCCUACUGUAGACUACAACGCUCCUGAGACGCUUGGAUUCGGCAAAGUACAAGUCACUCAAUCUGGCGGACGCCGUCAAAGUGCAGCCAAGGUGUUCCUGCAUACGCACAAAAAAAGGAAAAACCUCCACAUAAUGCCGGAGACACCGGCUACAAAAAUUCUUAUUGACUCCGAAACCAAAAUUGCCUUCGGUGUAGAAUACGUUAUGAAUAAACGGAUUCAUGCUGUAAGAGCACGAAAAGAGGUUAUUUUAUCAGCAGGACCUAUUGCUUCACCACAACUUCUUAUGUUAUCUGGGGUAGGGCCACAAGAGCAUCUAAUUUCAAAAGGAAUACCAGUAGUACAAGAUCUUCCAGUCGGCAAAACUCUUUACGAUCAUAUCUGCUUCCCAGGCUUGAUAUUCACACUGAACAAAACUGGAAUUAGUUUCACCGAAAGUAGAAGUUUAACUAUUCCUGCCUUCUCUGACUGGUUGCGAGACGGCGACAGUGUUUUGUCUUCGCCUGGUGCUGUGGAAGGCAUUGGGUAUAUUAAAACGCCAUUAUCAGGUGACCCUGAGCCUGUACCGGACAUAGAACUAAUCGCCAUUGGCGGAUCGAUUGUGUCCGAUGGGGGACCAGGUGACAGUAAAGCAGUGCGGAGAGGCAUGAAAAUCGAUGACAAACUUUUCAACGAAGCAUUUGGAGAAAUAGAUAAUACUGACACUUGGAGCGCCAUACCGGUGUUACUUCACCCAAAAUCCGUUGGUUACAUUGAAUUAAUGAACGACAUUCCAUUCCAUCACCCACGUAUGGUUGGUAAUUAUUUAACACACCAAAUAGACGUCGCAACGUUUGUGGCUUCCAUUAGGCACAUACAAGCACUUGCCGAUACAGAGCCUUUUAAGAAACUCGGGGCAAAAGUGCACCCGGCGAAAUUCUCUACUUGUCAAGGAACACAGUUUGAUUCAGACGAAUAUUGGGAAUGCGCUGUGAGGACGCUAACGGCGACAUUACACCAUCAGAUAGCUACUUGCAGAAUGGGCCCUGUCGGAGACCCUCGCGCCGUAGUUGACCCAGAAUUACGCGUUCAUGGUGUUCAGCGCCUACGUGUCGUAGAUUCGAGCGUAAUACCUCGCACCGUCUCCGCACACACAAAUGCUCCGGCAAUAAUGAUAGGCGAAAAAGCAGCGGAUUUGAUCAAAGGUACUUGGGGCAUACCGAUAAAAUUUUAGCUUUAGGUUUUAAGACUGACAGUAAUGGAGGUGAAAUAG